AGAUAAAGAGGUCAAAUCCACAACUGUCCACGUUAUUUAAACCUAUGUAAUAAAAUAAAAUAAAAUCAUAAGCCCACAUUUUAAUUCCGGGAAAAUCCCUCUGGUUUUUUUCUUUAUAUUAAGGGGGAAGGGGAAAUUCAUCAACAUAAGAUCUUCUUCUUCUUCUUAUAAUUGAUUAUUUAACAUUUUAUUGCUGUUUUUAUUGUUUUUUCUCUUAAAUUUGCUAUAACAAUUAUUGUUGGGGAAUUUAUUUUUCAUGGAUUCUUCUUCACCUGCAAAUUUCUACGAUUUUCUUGAUCGAAUGAAGCACCCUGCUUCAGUUGACCUGGUUCGCUCCAUUAAAAGCUUCAUUGUGUCAUUCUCAUUCCAUGCUGCUGAUGCUGAGAGAGACGGCAAAAAGCUACAAGAUUUCCUCCUAACCAUGGAGGCAGCCAUCAAGGAUCAUCCCUUAUGGUAUGGUGCCACUGAGGAAGAAAUUGAUAGUGCUAUCGAGGGUUUGGAAAAGUAUCUUAUGACAAAGUUGUUCAGCCGAACAUUCGCAUCAUCUCUCGCCGAUGUUAAACGUGACAAAGAAAUAUCAGAAAAGAUAUGCUUGCUGCAAAACUUUGUUAGACCAGAACACUUGGAUAUAUCCAGAGAAAUUCAGAAUGAAACUUCCUGGCUGCUUGCGGAGAAAGAGUUGCAGAAAAUAAAUGCUUUCAAAGCCCCUCGUGAGAAACUCUUAUGCAUUUUGAAUUGUUGCCGAGUCAUCAAUAAUCUGCUGCUUAAUGUUUCAAUGUCAACAGACCGCAGACCAGCUGGAGCUGAUGACUUCCUCCCAGUUCUUAUAUAUGUCACUAUCAAGGCCAAUCCUCCUCAGUUCCAUUCCAACCUCAAAUACAUACAACUGUACAGGCGACAAUCUCGGCUCAUAUCAGAAGCAGCAUAUUAUUUUACAAACAUGGUUUCGGUAGAGUCAUUUAUUCUUGAGUUAGAUGCAAAGUCUCUCUCAAUGGAUGAAAAUGAGUUCGAGAGGAACAUGCGCAAGGCUGAGUUAGCAUCUGCUGAGAAUCUCAGGCCAGUGGACUCCGAACCAGCAAGUUCAUCUGGUGAACCCAAUCCCAUCACGAGAAGGCAUGGCAAGGAAAUCAAAAUAGAAACAUACCCAUACAUGGAGGCCGAGGUUGGGGAACUUCGGGUUGGAGAUGUUGAGGAUCUCCUAAAACUCUACAAAGAGGUGGUUAUCAAGUACUCAAAUCUAUGCGAUGCUGUGCAUUCUCUCUCUCUGGAUAAGGCCUUGGCCCUUGCCGGUGCCGAUCAUAGGUCACACAUGCCUCACACUCUUCGGUCUCAUCCAAGAAAUGAGGGAAACAGUGAUGUCUCGAGUUCUGACUUGGCUGAAGAAUCCCCCACCAACUAGAGAAAAUUGUAAGUGUUACCAUCCAUCUUCCAUGUAUUUCCUGUUGUGUAUCUUUGGUAAAUUUAAAGCAUCCUUUGUAGAAAGUACCCUUGCAAUAAACCUUAAGAUCAUUUUCAUUCA